AGCACACAAUCCCUCUCUCUCUCUCUCUCUCUCUCUCUCUCUCUCUCUCUACGAGCCAUUUUCUCCAGCCAAUGGAGCCAUGGCUGGACGACCUCGCCGACGACUUACAGAGCCUGAGCUUCAACUCAUCCACCUCAACAGCAACCACCACCAACGACAUCAAACGCUGCACCUCCUCCGGCUCCGAGACCACCUGGACCGCCUCCUCCUCAUCCUCCACCACCACCAAGGCCCACACUCCCUCCGGCGAUCCCUGCUGGGACGCCAUCCGCCGCGCCAGAUCCCAGUCCCCCUCCUCCGUCCACCUCUCCCUCACCGACGUCCGCUUCCUCCACCGCCUCGGCGCCGGCGACAUCGGCUCCGUCUACCUCGCGGAGCUCAAGUGCGCCCCCGGCGCCGACGCGGUCUUCGCCGCCAAGGUCAUGGACAAGAGGGAGCUCGCCGGCCGUAACAAGGAAGGGCGGGCGACGACGGAGAGGGAGAUACUCGAAAUGCUGGACCACCCGUUUCUGCCCACGCUCUACGCCAACUUGGAGUCCCCCAAGUGGUCGUGCCUGUUGACGGAGUUCUGCCCCGGCGGCGACCUCCACGUCCUCCGCCAGCGCCAGCCCUGUAAACGGUUCCCGGAAUCCGCCGUCAGGUUUUACGCAUCAGAGGUGGUGGUAGCUCUAGAAUAUGUCCACAUGAUGGGAAUUGUUUAUCGUGAUCUCAAGCCCGAAAACGUCUUGGUCCGAUCCGACGGUCACAUCAUGCUCACCGACUUUGACCUAUCGUUGAAAUGCGAUUCUUCCACAUCCGCGGCUCAGAUCGUCUCCGCCCAAAAUUCACCCGCUCCUCCACCGCCGCCCGAGUACCCUGUCGAACCGCGGCCUUUUACCUCCACUUCUUGCAUUCUUCCCAAUUGCAUUGUCCCCGCCGUGUCGUGCUUCCACCCUAAGCGCAAGCGGAAGAAGAAGCAGGGUCACCAUGCCGGGCCCGAGUUUGUGUCGGAGCCAAUCGAUGUCCGAUCGAUGUCGUUUGUAGGGACCCACGAGUACCUCGCACCAGAGAUCGUCUCGGGAGAAGGCCACGGCAGUGCCGUGGAUUGGUGGACACUAGGGAUAUUCAUAUUCGAAUUGUUUUACGGUGUGACGCCAUUUAGAGGGUUAGACAACGAGCUAACCCUAGCUAACAUCGUGGCUCGAGCCCUCGAGUUCCCCAAGGAACCGACCGUCCCUGCCGCGGCCAAGGACCUCAUAUCGCAGCUCUUGGUCAAGGAUCCGGCGAGGCGUAUGGGGUCCACGAUGGGCGCGUCGCCAAUCAAGCACCAUCCGUUCUUCCAAGGCGUGAAUUGGGCUCUCUUGAGAUGUACAUCCCCGCCGUUUGUUCCUUCGCCGUUUAACCGCGAUGCAGUAUCGGACGAUAGUUGCCCGGACACCCCUGUGGAAUAUUACUAGUGUUGAUAGAGAAAUUUAGAAAAAAAAAACCAAAUAAUAAUACAACUGGAGGGGAUUUUGCUGAUUAGUACAAUUUUAUCCCUACGUUAGCAAGUUCAUUUUCAUUGGUUUGGCACAUCCGGAAGCAUCGAUUUGUUUGCAAGCCAAAAGUCCAAUGCAAUAGUACCAAACGUAUUGUUAUCACACAAGACCAAUUCCCGUAUUGGCUUGGCUUCAUUGGAUCCCGACAAUGUGCACGUAAUGAGUGGUGCCAACUAAAAAACGAUGAGCAAGCCGGUGGAAUGGUCGGAGGCCUUGGAGGGUUUGUCAAGGUGGGGUGGGUUUGGGGGGCAUGACCCCCACCCACGUGAAUUGUUUACUUCAUGGGUGGAACUUGUGGGACUUGUUUACUCUUAUUUAAACUUGUUUUCUCUUCA